GCGUGGGCGUGUGUGGACGCGUGGUGCGUAUGACCAGUCUGAUGAUACGUUCAAAACAACUCGGAACUGGGAACUCCGAAAUCCGAUUUCAGCGCAUUCAAAACAAAUGGGAAUUUGCACAAAAAACGAGCUCCGACAGGGAAAAUGUGAUUUGAACGGUCACCCAACUCGGAAUUUCAACUCGGGAACUCAGGCCUCUUUCUCGAGCUCCGACUUUUCGCCCUAAAGAUCCCUGACGUAAUGAUUUGACAUCGGAUUGUUCCAAGUUCCCAGUGCUUUUGAAUGCGGCAUCUUAUCGAAGUGAAAGUUGUUAACGUUAGUCAACACUGCAACUGCAGCGCUACAUGGAAAUAGAUCGAUUGUUGCAAAAUAUGUUGCCAAAGAACGACAUACAAGGAUAGAAAAAGCCUAGACGAUAACAAAAUGAGUUCUCUGCAAGAUGAAUUUGAGCUGGAGAAAAGUGUCAGGCGGUUCAGGGAGACAUUCCAUGGAAAGAUAGCGGUGGAAAAGGCAACCUUACUGAUGAGACGCUAUGCCAACAACCAUCAAAUGGUCACCUGGGCAGUUAUACUGAAGAAAGGCAACGAGCUGGAUGAGGAGGACAGAAAAUGCUUACAGACGGAUCAGGCUGUCAAGAAUGUGGUGCAGAGACUCACAGCUGAGGACAGGGAACCUCAGGUCCCUCCUGCGCAACAGCCCCGAGGUAGCAGACAGCCUGAACACGAUAAUGAUAUCAAGGAGCUGGGAGAGCGUCUGCGGGUCCUGCCUCUCACUGAGAAGAACAAGAGAAUGUUUGAUAAUGCCCAGCGCCACCUCACCCCCUCUGUCCUGCACCAGUUUGCCUGCCAGACCUGUGACAAGGACUGGUGGCGUCGGGUACCCCAGAGGAAGAGGGUAUCUCGCUGUCACCUGUGCAAGAAGAAAUAUGACCCUGUCCCUUAUGACAAAAUGUGGGGUAUUGGAGAGUUCUGCUGCACCAAAUGCACACGCUCCUUCAGGGGCUUUGGGAGGAUGGAUUUGGGCUCCCCCUGCUACUCCUGCCGAACUCUGGUGAUCCCAACAGAGAUUCUUCCUCCACGCAAGGGAGGGGUCGGAGGAGCAGGACCCAGAAAACCUAUCCCACACAGCUGCCUCGCUGAGGACUGUUACAACAGACAAGAGCCCCAUGUUCCUGGGACAGAGUGUGUCCACCCCCGCAGUCGCCAGAGGAACAGGAAGCCUCGUGUGGUCAAUCCCAGCUCCGUCCACAUCAGCUCCGGCUCCACCGUCAACACCUGCCUGAGCCAAGGAAGCCUGGAGAACCUGUACGACCUCAUCAUGGAUGACAUCAGAGAGGAGAGUGAAGAGGACAACAGUAGUGGUAGCAGCAGCAGCUAGAGCAGCACUGAUGUUACCAGUGACCAACAGUCGUGAGCAGCUUCCAUUCUUCCCCAAUGGUGCUUCCAACGAUCAGGAUAUGAUCGCUUACCUUAGGUUCACAUUCAGUGUAAGGAUGGCAUCUCAUAGGCCUAAAAACCAUGAAAAUGCAGCUCAAUAUUCACAACAGUCAGAUGAUAUAAGUGAGAUGAUAUAACUAGUUUCAUGUUUUGCUUUUGUCUUUGUUUAUGCUUCUUGAAGUGUUGCCACGUGUUGUUGCUGCUGCUUUGUUAAUGUCUGAAUGAUAAGGGGAGAUUGACCACACUGGCUUCUGCCCAUAAUUCUGACUUUACUUUUGGUUACCUAUUCAGGAGUUAGCUUUCUAGUGAUAUGUGUGUUCAAAUAGAUUUGUCAUAUCAACUUGAACAAGAAUAUAUUAUAAAACGCAAAUAAUGCAUUUUGGUCCCCCCCAGAAAAACACAAAUAAUGCAUUAUGAAAUCUUACUAUUAUUAAUUUUCAAAACGACUCGGGUUCAAAUCAAAUUGUAUUUGUCACAUGCACCGAAUACAACAGGUGAAACGCUUACUUACAAGCCCUUAACCAGCAAUGCAGAGUUUUUUUUUAAAGUAAGAAAAUAAGAAAAUAUUCAAAAACGUAACACAAUAAAAUAACAAUAACGAGGCUAUAUAUAGGGAUUCCCGGUACUGAGUCAAUGUGCAGGGUACAGGUUAAUUGAGGUAAAAAAGUACAUGUAGGUAGGGGGUAAAGUGACUAUGCAUAGAUAAUAAGCAGCGAGUAGCAGCAGUGUAAAAACAAAGGGAGGUCAAUGUAAAUAGUCCGGGUGGCCAUUUUGAUUAGAUGUUCAGGAGUCUUAUGGCUUGGGGAUAGAAGCUUUUAAGGAGCCUUUUGGAUCUAGACUUGGAGCUCUGGUACCGCUUGCCGUGCGGUAGCAGAGAGAACAGUCUAUGAUAUGGGUGGCUGGAUUCUUUCACAAUUUUUAGGAGGAAAAAUCACAGACAUGCCACCGUGGAUUUUAAUAUAUCACUGUAAAUAAUUUAGAAGAUACCUGUACACCAAUAAAGCAUAAUUUAUUCUGUUUGUUUAAGAAUAACCUGAGAAAAACAUUUCAAGUGGGGUUCAAAGUUAUUGCUAAAGAUUGACAAAGAUAAGCAAUAUUGACUUUAUUAACUAAAGAAUUCAAAUACUGAGCUAUAUUGUAUGUGCAAAAAAA